CAUUUAUCAUUAACUUUCUUACUAAAGGAUUUUCUCUUUAUACUCCAUCUUGCUAUUUUAAGGCUAGAACUUAAUACCUCUCAUAUUUUUUGUCUCUUUAUAAAGAUAAAUACAAGUAUCUUGAAUCUCUUCGUGAAAGCUCGAAGUUAUCAAGUUCUUCUAUGCUAUCUUCAUUGUGCCUUGGAUUUCGUUUGUUAUAACUGAGUUUUAAAAGACAAAGGCAACAUAAGCCUCUCGUUGCUAUGGUUAUUCUUUUAUUCAUCGAUCAUGACCGAAAAGACUCGUACUGAUGGCAAUAGAAUAGUCAUCGAAACCGAACGUUUAGACAAGCUAGUUGAAAGAGCACAACAGGCGAUUGCCCAAGAUGAUAAAGAAGUGCCCGUUUUCUGGAAAAAUAAAUAUAAAAAAGAUGCAGCUAGAAACUGGGAUCUCUUUUACAAGCGUAAUACGACCAAGUUCUUCAAGGAUCGUCACUGGACUGAUCGGGAGUUCAAAGAGCUGGCUGAUCAAACAAGAGAACAAAAGUGUUUAGAAGUAGGCUGUGGUGUGGGGAACUUUGUGUUUCCCUUGUUGGCUGAUAACCCUUCCUUGUUUAUUUACGCUUGCGACUUCUCUGAAAGAGCAGUAAAUAUGGUCAAAUCAAACGAGAAUUAUGAUGAAUCUCGGUGCAAAGCCUUUGUUUGUGAUUUGACAGCUGAUAAAUUGACAGACAAUAUCCCAGUAGAUUCUUUAGAUUUGGUAUCCGCUAUUUUCGUAUUCUCUGCUAUUCCUCCCGAAAAGAUGGCAAUUGCUAUUAAGAACAUUUACAGUGUAUUGAAGCCAGGAGGACAAGUGAUUUUCCGCGAUUAUGGUCUUUAUGAUGAAGCACAAAUCAAAUUUAGUGCUGCCUCUGACAAGAAGUUGGAUGAAAACUUUUAUGUUCGACACGAUGGCACUAUGAGUUAUUUCUUCUCACUUGAAGAUCUCAAAAGCCGAUUUGAACAAGAAGGCUUCAACACAAAAGAAUGCGAAUAUAUAUACCGAGAAACAACCAACCGAAGCAUGGAAAUGAGAAUUGAUAGAAUCUUUGCUCAGGCUAAAUUUCAAAAACCUCAAUAAACUGUCUUUUUAUUAUUUGUUAAGCUUUGGGAUUGUAUCCAUAUUGAGCACUCAAUACUCUCAGUUUAUCUUUCAAGGAAUCCAAGUUGAGAUAGGUACCCUUUAAAUGUCUAUCACCACUGCUAGGGUCAAAAGAAGUACGUCCAUGCAAAACCCGUCUA